AAGGAUUCUUGAUACCUGCGGAAACUUUUUAUUCAGCCUCGGGACCGCUAGGCCGGGCGGUUUACAACCCCAAAAUUCGGGCCUCGAAGUACGCAGUAACGACUUGUGCAGGUAUCGAAAAUCCUUUUAUUGCUGGUCUUAGUUGCCUACCUUCUUCUCCGGAAUCAUUAUUUCUUCAUUAGAUGAAGAAAAUUAUUUCGGUGUCAAUUGAACUAGUCUUCAAGGUUUUCGUACAAAUUGUAUAUCCCCAUAAAACUACAUAAAAACAAAAACACAGCUAACAAAUAUUUCGAAACUCCUUCUCGUACAGUAUGAUAUUGAUUGUUGACCGUCUCAAUUAACAAGUACAUACUGGGAUGGCUGAAUUAACAAAAUUUUGUAGAUUCAUAAAGUAGAAACCAUUAGCUAAAAUACAACUUACGGGUUUUCAAAAAUUUUAAUAAUAGUAGAAAUGAUCGUCGUUUCAGGACGUUCGCAAAUGCGCGGGACUGUGUGGUCGAGAAUCCUAUGGGACGAAAAGUAUAAGUCGAAUAUUGCAUCAAGUGUUUCAGAUGGAGCACCAGGCGUAUACAUAGAUGUGCGAAAAGAGUGAGACUGCGAGCAUGGUAAAAUGAGACAUCCUAGGUUUUUCGUCUGUGUGGACACCCACCAUAGAACCCGCUGGUUUCAUUUUGUCUCUUUCGAUCAUUUCCCGUUCUUUUUUUAAAGCAACUGCGCGGAUCUGUAUGCGCAUUAAAAUGGUGGGGAUAAGAAUGCUUGCUAUAUAUUGUGAAGCAGAAUGCACUUCUUGUUCUUAUACUGUGAAGCACACCUAUAGUAUACACCGUGUCCGUGACUAAAGAUAUUGAAUGGGUGCAGUGGCUGCUAUUCUUUUGUUUACGUUUAGAAGUGCAUAACGUGAAGCGUUACUGAGUAGUGCAACUGAGGACAACAUAGUUUAUAUUAAGAAGUUUAUAAAUAUUGUUAGUUCAAUUAUUGAAAUAACAUUGAAAAUUAUUUUCUUUGUGAGAGUUAAUGUACUAUGAACCGCUUAGAUGAUCCUCCGGGUCUCAUGAAAGGCAGAAAAACAUCUUUUAUUGGAAUGAACGGCGCUCCAGAAACAGACGAACAGCAGCGCUUACGAUUUCAGGUUGAACUUGAAUUUGUUCAAUGCCUUGCCAAUCCAAACUACUUAAACUUUCUAGCACAACGUGGAUACUUUAAGGAUUCAGCAUUUAUUAAUUACCUUAAAUAUCUGUUAUAUUGGAAAGAACCAGAGUACGCAAAGUAUUUGAAAUAUCCUAUGUGCUUGUACUUCUUAGACUUAUUACAAUACGAACACUUUAGGAGAGAAGUAGUAAAUUCUCAAUGUACCAAAUUUAUAGAUGACCAACAGAUAUUAUUGUGGCAACAUUAUACUAGACGUAGGACAAGAUUGUUGCAAGCAGCAGCAGAACAAACGCAACAUGUAAAUCCUCAAAACAAUGAAUCUGAUUUUCGAGGAGUGAUGCUGAAACCUGAGUAGCUGAUCAUAAAUAGUUAUCACUGUUUAUACUUCAAACUUCAAGACAAUGGAAACAAAGGAUCAUCAUUGAGUACUUAGGGAUAGAAGAUAAAAAUUUUAAUGUCCACAGUGAGUUUAUAUUUAUUGUUUUAUAAAAUCUAA